AUGGGUAGAACAGCUAAAAAAAAGAAGAUGAUAGGACAGAAUAAGAAAAAACGGAAAAAUACAGAAAGGUUGAGGUAUAUUUACCUAUUGAAGUACCCACUGAGGGAGUUACCUCAGAGACAGCUUCCAUCUAAUGGUGAUAUUCUUAGAUACUAUCAAUUUAUCCUUCGCGAGUCACAAGUUAAAUACAAACCCACUUCUACUAAUGUUGGUUGCAAAUUGAAAUCGAAAUCCAAGGAUCUUGUUUGUGAAAAUGGUGUUUGUACAGAUCCUGAUAAUUCUUGCUUGGUAUCUAGGAUUAAAAAAAUCGGGGAUAAUGCUGGGUUUGGCAAGAAAUUUGUGAUUUGUGGGUACAAUAUAAAGACUAAAAUCAUUAAACUUAAUUUAAAAUACAAGAAAUUGAUUAAAUUGUCUUCUCUAAACUGGAACAGCAGUCUUGAUAAGCAAUCAAAGUUAGAGAAAGAUUUUCUCACAGAAUCCUAUCAGCUUUUUGACAUCUCGACUAAGAAUUUUAAAAAAGAUAUUUUUGCUGAUAGAUUGAGAACAGAUGAUGCCAAGCUGGAAGAUAUAAAUUUUUAUGAAGACCAGAAGUUACAUAGGAAAGGAUAUAUGGAAACAAAAGUCGAUGAAGACUACAGUAGAAGAGUACUGGAUGCAAACAGGAGAAAGAACAAGCUAGAUAAGUUGAGAGAGAAAGAAUUAGAGAGACAGAAAAACUUAAAAGAUAUCAAUGAUAUUUUGUUGUCACAUGACUCCAUGACAGAAGAGAUUCAAUUCAGCAGUGAAUAAGAAAAGUCAAACGAG